AUGGUAAUCGAUAGGUGCAAUGCUAACUUAUUCAACCCUACUUAUCUCCUCAAUAUUGCUCACUAUUUGCUCCUUUUCUCUUUGGCCUCUUCAUGUCUACACCUUACUAAGCUUCGUUUGGUUGAUGGAUGCAUCCAGGAAGAGAGGCAAGCACUUCUUAGCUUCAAACAACAUCUUACCGAUCCCUCCGGUAGGCUCUCUUGGGCUGGCCACAAUUGCUGCCACUGGAAAGGGGUUUCAUGCGACAACCGCAGCCGUCGUGUUACAAAGAUUGACCUCCGUAACACAUAUGAAGAUCGCUUGUUUGAUGAUUACGCUGACAAUUAUGGUGAAGAGUGGGACGAGGCAGCUUAUGAAGAGUCUUGCUUGGGAGGUAAGAUAACUUCAUCUUUGCUCAGCUUGAAGCAUUUAAGCUACCUAGACCUGAGUGACAAUAACUUGCAAGGGAUUAGCAUUCUUUGCCAACUUCAAAGUUUGAGAUAUCUCAACAUCUCAUUUGCAUCAUCUGAUGGAGAGAUUCACAAUUGCUUUUUCAAUCUUACCAACCUCAAAAAACUUGAUCUAAGUGGCAUUUCUUUCAGUGGUCAUUUUCCAAGCGAACUCGCAGGCCUCGAAUCUUUGGAACACCUUGAUUUGUCUCAUAAUUAUCUGAAAGGCAAAAUUCCCAAACUCAUUGGAAACUUUUGCAAUCUAAAGUUCUUAAGUCUCGAGGACAACACAUUAGAUGGGGGGAUUCAAGAGCUUUUGAGCGGUUUCUCAAAUUGUACCAAUAAUAGACUAGAGUCACUAGAUUUGUCUUUUAAUGAGUUUGUAACACAAUUGCCUGCCUCCUUAGGAGUGCUAACAAACUUGCAGCAUCUUCACCUUGAAGGCAAUUCAUUUUGGGGAUCAAUUCCAACUUCUGUUGGAAACUUGUCAUCCUUGAAAACUCUAAACCUUCGCGGUAACAACAUGAAAGGGUCCAUUCCUGAAAGUUUUGGGCAACUUUCUGAGCUAGUUGACCUGGGUUUGUCUCAGAAUUCAUGGAAAGGCAUUGUAACAGAAACACAUUUGAUGAAUCUCACUAGAUUGCGACAUCUCGAUGUGUCCACAGACCAACCUAUGUGA